AUGGAGCCUGAGAGGGAGAGAGAGAAAGGGAGGAUUCUUCACCCACACCAUCGCAUUUGUCGAAUGAGUGUGAGACAAGCAAUAAUGUUGGUUAGCAUGGUUUGGAUGGGUGUUCUACUCCUUCGUCUUUCACCCGCCCUGAACCUGGUUCUCACACCACAGAAAAACUCAUCAAAUCUCAUAUGCCAUAGUUUUUUCUCAUGGACAUGGCCAUCGGUUCAAAUGAAGAUUUAUAAUUCAGUACAGCUGAUAGAGGUCCUGCUGGCAUUUGCACUGGUGGUCUUCUGUUUUGUGAGGGUUUUCUCUCUUGUCCACAGUCGCCAGGGGGCUCACCGCAGGCUGAAGCGAGCAGUGAGAUUGCUUCUGUUUCUUGUGAUCAUGUUUGUUCUGUGUUUCCUGCCUACAGUCUCUUUUGGCAUUUUCCUUCAAGUGUUUCCCUGUUCGGAAUUCCUCAUGGUGUGUUUUCAUGCCUCUUUAGCUUUAACCUACAUGAACAGUGCACUGGAUCCAGUAAUCUACUGCCACAUAAACGCUUGGUACCGUGACACCCUGAAGGGCACAACAAACUCACUGGGGCUGACAAAGUUCAAGAUGAGUGUGAAAACGAACAGAAAACGUUAACCUACCUGGUAAACUGUUGUUUCUUACAAUCAAUGUGUUAGGGGAAAUGAAAAUGUGUGUCUUAAAGGUAUA